AUGAUUCAACACUGCAGUGUUUUUUUCCCGCAAAACCUAAUCAACCAAAUCAAGACUCCACUGUUUAUUCUAAAUACUGCCUACGAUUCGUGGCAGAUCCAAGAGAGUUUAGCUCCCAAAACUGCAGAUCCAAGUGGAAGUUGGCAUGAUUGUAGACUUGACUACACCAAGUGCAAUGCAACUCAGAUCCAGUUCUUGCAAGGUGGAACGACUCGUAUGGUGAAUUUGAUCAAAGGUUUCGCCAAGCCAAGUAAGAACGGAGUGUUUCUUAACUUGUGUUUUGCUCAUUGCCAAACGGAGAGGCAUGACACAUGCAGGAAACUAGAGAAAUCUGGCAGCUCGCUUUAUUGCUACCAAUGUGUUAAUCCCAAUAUCACCGGUGUUAUCAGGUACCAUGUCGAAUUAUCAGUUGAUGAUGUGAAUGAUAGUGUGACUUAUGUGGUGUUUGACAAAGACAUAGAUAAGCUUACCAAGCCGGACGCAGCUGCUAUGGCUCUUGAUGAGGUUUGUUAUUUUCUGACCACCAUUUGUCCACUGUCUACAAAUGUGACAAUCUCUGACCACCCCUCUAACCUCUAA